UCUGCGCGCUGUCUCUAUGCUCCCCCGCGUCUAGUCUAUUUAUUGUCGCGGGGAAGCAGCAGUUGCCCGUACCCGGAACAACAAAGCGCGAAAGACGGAGCCCGUGCCUCGGGGGCUCCUAGCAACGGGCCGGGGCGGGAGUUCCAUGGAGACUGGGGAGCGCGCCCGCCUCAUCAUCAUCCUUGUCCUCCAGCUUCUCUUUCGCGUCCGACGCAACCGGCAUCAACGCUACAGCCGUGUCCUCUGCCGCCGCCCCCUCUUCCCACGGAUGUGAUCUUCGUGGUGGGAAGCUAAGUUUUUAAACUACCCCAAUGGAUGCAGACAGUGAUGUUGCAUUGGACAUUCUAAUUACAAAUGUAGUCUGUGUUUUUAGAACAAGAUGCCAUUUGAACUUAAGGAAGAUUGCUUUGGAGGGAGCAAAUGUGAUUUAUAAGCGUGAUGUUGGAAAAGUAUUAAUGAAACUUAGAAAACCUAGAAUAACAGCUACAAUUUGGUCCUCAGGAAAAAUUAUUUGCACUGGAGCAACAAGUGAAGAAGAAGCUAAAUUUGGUGCCAGACGUUUAGCCCGCUGUCUGCAGAAACUAGGUUUUCAGGUAAUAUUUACAGAUUUUAAGGUUGUUAACGUUUUAGCAGUAUGUAACAUGCCAUUUGAAAUCCGUUUGCCAGAAUUCACAAAGAACAACAGACCUCAUGCCAGUUAUGAACCUGAACUUCAUCCUGCUGUGUGCUACCGGAUAAAAUCUCUACGAGCUACAUUACAGAUUUUUUCAACAGGAAGUAUUACAGUAACAGGGCCCAACGUCAAGGCUGUUGCUACUGCUGUGGAACAGAUUUACCCGUUUGUGUUUGAAAGCAGGAAAGAAAUUUUAUAAUUCUUCACUUAACUGGUUAGAAUCCCUAACUGAGCACCUUUUAAAACCUGCUGCACAUUGGACUCAAAAGGAAAACUGGACCAACAGUAACUGAGGAAACAGACUCUUUUAUUCCUUCACGGCUACAGUGUAAGCUCCAGUCCCUUUGGAUUUUAUUUCAAACUUUGCUGUAAUAGGAAAAGGAAGUUUACAAGACAUGACAUUGCUGCUUUUACAGAAGGACAUUCUAUUUAUUUUCGCAGUAAUUCUCAUGUCCCCACAGGCAGAGCUGUCACUGUGCGCACUGCCUUGAAUUGUUUUGUUGUUAUUUUUUUCCAGUUUGAGCUAAUGUGUUUUAUUUGUGACUAGUCUUUUACAUUUUUGUAUGCUGAAUAUGGGCACCAAAGAACCUGUAAAAGUUAUCUUUUUCAAUUGAAUGUGCACAAAUAAAAGUUUGGAAAAGGU